CCAAAAAUAAAAAAACAUUUAAAUAUGUCGUACAAUUGAAUUAAAUGCUAAACUUAAUUGCUUUGACUGGCUCAAAGUUCGUACGCUGUAUGAGAAACAAUUUCAUUUUCUUUCAACAACAUUCAACAAACAACAUCAACACGAAACAUUGUUACAAUGAAGUUUCCGGAUUAUGUGCCUAACAACAUGUUGGGCGAUCGUACCACAUGGGAGUAUCACACAGUUUCGGUGACUCGAGUGCCCGGCUACGGGUUUGGCAUUGCCGUUUCCGGUGGACGUGAUAAUCCCCACUUCGCCAACGGCGAUCCCUCAAUUGCAGUCAGCGAUGUGCUCAAAGGUGGACCAGCCGAGGAUCGUUUGCAAGUAAAUGAUCGCAUAAUCACAGUGAAUGGCGUCUCGCUGGAGAAUGUAGAAUAUGCCACGGCUGUACAGGUGCUGCGCGACAGCGGCAAUACGGUCACACUGGUCGUGAAGCGUCGCGUGCCACUGAACGUGGCAGCAACGAAUCCCGCACAGCAUCAGCACUCGCACAGCAUGAGCUCCGUGGGCCUGGGCCUGACCAAUGGCAAUGGCAGUGGCUUGGUGGGCAGCCAGGCGCCCAGCGCCGCGCUGUCCAGCAUGAGCCAGCCGAACUCGCUGAACUCGUCGCUAGUGCAGAACGGGAGCGGGAGCGGCACACAGCCCAUCAAGGUGACGCUGAGCAAGGGCAGCAAGAAGGACGACUAUGGCAUUGUGCUGGGCUGCCGGCUGUUCGUCAAGGAGAUCUCGACGAAGGCGCGCGAUCAGCUGACGGCGAACGGCUACUCGCUGCAGGAGGGCGACGUCAUAACGCGCAUUCACAACACGAACUGCGCGGACACCAUGAGCCUCAAGGAGGCCAAGAAGAUCAUCGACGGCUGCAAGGAGCGCCUCAAUUUGGUCGUGCUGCGGGAUAUUACCAACCAGGCGGUGGUCAAUCAGCUGAACAACUCGGGCCAUCAGCAGGCCAAUGCGAAUCUGUAUGCCACGCACCAGGCACAGGUGUCCGGCUGCAGCAAUAAUCUGGAUGACGCCUAUCUGCCCGGUGGCGCCAGCUACUCCUCACAGAAUCUCUACGUGCAGCCGCCCACGCGCACCUCCAACGGACCCAGCAUCAAUGGCAACGGCCUCAGCGAGGAGAAGAGCAACCUCACGCCGCGUGGACGCUCCCGUGGUCCGCUCAUGGACGGCGUCUCGCUGCAGCAGCUGGACCGCCCUGUGACGCCCACCAACGGCGGGCGUGGGCGUGUGGAUGAGCCGCCGAGGCCACCACCGCCGCGUGCCGCCCAGGAGGACUUCUAUAGCUCGCGACGCCAGCUGUACGAGGAGCGCCAGAGUGCCGAGCCGCGUUUCAUCUCAUUCCAGAAAGAGGGCAGCGUCGGCAUUCGGCUGACGGGCGGUAAUGAGGCGGGCAUCUUCGUGACCGCCGUGCAGCCCGGCUCACCAGCGUCGCUCCAAGGCCUCAUGCCUGGCGACAAGAUACUCAAAGUGAACGACAUGGACAUGCACGGAGUGACGCGCGAGGAGGCGGUGCUGUUCCUGCUCAGCCUGCAGGAUCGCAUCGAUCUGAUAGUGCAGUACUGCAAGGAGGAGUACGACGAGGUGGUGACCAAUCAGCGCGGCGACUCCUUCCACAUCAAGACCCACUUCCACUGCGACAACCCCUCCAAGGGCGAGAUGGCCUUCAAGGCGGGCGACGUGUUCCGUGUGAUCGAUACGCUCCACAACGGCGUCGUCGGCUCGUGGCAGGUGCUGAAGAUCGGCCGCGGCCACCAGGAAAUGCAGCGCGGUGUCAUACCCAACAAGUCCCGGGCCGAGGAGCUGGCCACAGCUCAAUUCAAUGCCACCAAAAAGGAGAUGAAUGCCAAUGAAUCACGCGGCAAUUUCUUCAGACGUCGCCGUUCCACACAUCGCCGCUCCAAGAGCCUCUCGCGCGAGAACUGGGACGAUGUCGUCUUCUCGGACAGCAUUUCCAAGUUUCCCGCUUACGAACGCGUCGUGCUACGCCAUCCUGGGUUCGUGCGACCCCUCGUUCUAUUCGGUCCCGUCUCCGACCUGGCCAGAGAGAAGCUAGCCAAAGACUAUCCCGACAAGUUCUGCACCCCGCUGCAGGAUGACGACAAGACCAGCAACGGCAACGGCAGCAGCAGCGCCAACGGCAGCGGCAACAGCAAGUGCCGCAUCGUCCGGCUGUCGCACAUACGCGACAUCAUGGAUCGCGGCAAGCAUGCGCUGCUGGACAUAACGCCCAACGCGGUGGACCGCCUCAACUAUGCACAAUUCUAUCCCAUUGUCAUAUUCCUGAAGACCGACAGCAAGCACGUGAUCAAGCAGCUGCGCCACGGCCUGCCAAAGGCGGCGCACAAGAGCUCCAAGAAGCUGCUCGAGCAGUGCCAGAAGCUGGACCGCGUCUGGUCGCACAUCUUCAGCACGCAGCUGGUGCUGAACGACGAGGAGUCCUGGUACCGCAAGCUGCGCGACUCGAUCGAUCUGCAGCAGAGCGGCGCCGUCUGGAUGUCCGAGUCCAAGCCCGUCGAAUCCCUCUCCGAUGAUUUCCUAUUCCCCAUGACCACAUCCCGUUUAUCGUAUGCAUCAAGUCCCGAGUCUGACUUGGAGCUAAGUCCCGGGCCAUCCGCAUCAUUGUCGCUUGGCAAUUUGCCGCAAUUGGUUAAAGCGAGCUCAGAUCCAUCGAUUGCCACUAACCAGGAUAACUUGGAUAGGGAUAGAGACAUAAUUGGUGAAGGACUACCACCUCCAUAUACGGUACCGUACGACCACGGCGUACAGCAGCCACCGAGUCGUCGCCAGACCCUCGACUCCAGCAAGUACAGCAUCUACGGCACCAAUGUGUCCCAGCAGCAGCAGCAGCAGCUGUCGCAGUCACAGCAAUCCCAACAGCAGCCGGGUGAUCCCUCAGCGGGCUUGUCACGCCCCCAAUCUCUGUACGGCAUCAAUGCCCCAGAUCUGCCGCCGCGCAUCGAUCGGCAGUCCAAGCCAGGCGAUCUGCCCCUGAAUACGUCGGGCAGCUCGUCGCGCAACGGCAGCUCAGGCGGCACUCUGGGUCGAAGCGCCCAGGAGCGCCUCUUUGGCAAGGCUGUGCUGCAGGACGACGUCCAGGCCGAGUACGUGACGCGCAAUGCGCUAGUCGGUGCCGGCGGCGACACGAUCGAGCGCCAGCAGCAGCAGCAGCAGCAGGCCUCACUGGAGCGUCAGGCACGCAUGAACGCGGCCAUGGGCAGUCCGGCCCAGCACAAGGCCAACGGCAACGGCGGCCCCGCCUCCACCUACGACAGCGUCUCCAGCUACGACUCGUACAACAACACACAAUUGGCCAUGCAGAACCUCGGCCGACUGGGCCCCAAUGCGCCCGAUGAUCUCAAAUCAGUGCCAAAUUUCAGUGGUCGCCCCUUGCCGGCUGUGGGCCAGCCGCAUGACUAUGGUCGCUCCGCGCCGCACGAUCAUCGCGCCUUUGCGGCGGCCAAUGAUCUGAAUCGGCAAAGUAGUCCCGGCAGGCCGCUCUAUCACGAUAUGAAUGCGUCCCGUAAUAUUGAUCCACGCAAUGGUACGCCGCAGCGACCUUCGAAUUUGGGCUUGGACAGCAGCCCACGCAAGCCGUUGGUGGAGACCAAAACGGAUUAUGGCAAAUACAGNCGGAACAAUUCCGUUUCGGCCGCCGACUACAGCAAGCUUCCAAAAAAUCCACACGGCGUUGUUCAGCCCACGAAUGCCAACAAUGGCGGCCAGAUGAAUGGCAGUGCCACGCCCAGCAGCAAUGGCAGCGGACCCUUCAAGCCGGUGCCCCCGCCGAAGCCCAAGAACUACCGACCGCCCGUGCAGAGCGGCGGCAGCAGUGGCAGCGGUGGCACCACGCCCUGGGAGAAUGGCGACUCUGGCUCGCCGCGUUCGCCCAACGGCUUCUACUAUCCGCCCACGCCUUCGCAUCACCAUUAUGGCCAACAAACGCCGGCGCCCGGCUCACCGCACCAGGGCCAGCCCGGCUACGGCGCCAACAAUGGCACCUACGGCCAGGCACCGCCUCCGCAGCCGCAGCAGCAGCCGCAGCAGGCGCAGCAAUAUAAUCAAGCUAAUGGCUACAAUGGCAACAGUCACCACUACAAUGGCGGCAGCGGCACCGGGCCCUACAUAGCGCCACAUCGCGGCAUGCCACCGCCAAUAGGUAAUAUUCCACCACACACACCUGAACGUCAUGCACUCGAUUUGGCUGGCAGUCGGGAGCAGCGAGGCUCCGCCUUCGAAUUGUAUCGUAAGCCGCAGAUUGGCGCCGCUGUGGGGCACCAUCACAACAUGAGCGAAAUGGAGCCGUACGAUGCGCGCUAUGAUGAUUAUUAUGCCAUGCCGCCACCAGCAGCACCGGGUCACCCGCACCCGCACCGGCACUCCCAGCCGUAUCCGCAUCAAAUGCAACGCUCCCGAUCCGCUCCCCGAUAUCCCAAUGAGCGGCCACCGCACGCCCAAGAUCCCAACUACUACAGCCACUACGGUACAGGCAGUCGUGGCUACAGAGGCCACGAAAUGCAGCCCUACUACGACGAUCAGGGCAUGGAGCUGGCUCAGCCGCCGCCCCUGCCGCCGCACAAGAAGAAGAAGUCGGUGCUGAAGAGUCCGCUGGCAGCGCUGAAGAAUGCGCUGAUCAAGACAACGCGCCCGCUGCGUCGCAUGAACAGCAUGGUGGAGCCGGAGCGCAAGCCGAAGGGACUGCGGCGACAGCAAUCGAUGCUGGAGCGUGGCGUACAGCGGCCCUACUACCCGGACGAGUAUCCCACUUAUCCGGCGGGCUUUGAGGAGCGACCACCGCUGCCGCCGCCAGGCGAUCCGUACUAUCGCACGCACUAUCCGCAGCAGGAGAUGAUGAACAGCACGUACCAGAACCUGGAGAGUGAGGAUAUCUAUGGCAAUAUUGCCGGUCCAGUGCACCGCAUGCCGCAGCAGCAGCAGCAGCCGCCGGACAACGGCUACGGCAGCUAUGAACAGUACGAUCUGUAUGCGAAUCGCGCUUGCAUUGACCUGGAGCGGCGCCAGGCAGAGGCCGCUGCAGUGAGCGGGCGGAGCGGACGACGCAUUGUACGCCGGCACAGCACCACGACGGCAGACCGCGGGGGUGCAGCAGCUUCCGGCCGACGCCACAUGCCGCAGCAUCCCGGCAACGGCUACGAACAGCAACAGGCGCACGACAUUUACCAGACCCGCCAGGGGGCGUACAUGAUGCCCGAGCAGCGGCGGGCGCCCAACUCAGAGGUCAUGACACGACGUCGCUUCUAUCCGGGCGCCGCCAAUGAGCAGGGCGAGGAGCCAGUGGAGCCCAUGUAUCAGUCGCGACGGGAAAUGCAGCGCGAAAUGCAGCGCAACCAUCUGUAUCAGUCGAAGCGAGAGAUGCAGGAGCGGAUCAUUCAGGGCAAGCGGGACAUGGAACGGGAGCUGAGUGCGCAGAGCAGCAGCCAGUCCGAGCGCAGCGACGAUCGCUCCGAGCGUUCCGGCGAUGGCAACUAUCACUCGAGGCGGGAGGCGACGCGCAGUCAGCUACGGGAGCAGAUCUAUCAGACGCGGCGCGAGGCAUUGGACAGCAUGGCUGAGCCCAUCUAUGUGAGCAAGCGGGACGUGGGACGGCCGGCGCCCAUUUACGAGACGCGCGAGGAGAGCAUCAUGCAAUCCCGUGAGAACGAAACGGAUGAGAAGAAGGAGAAGGAGUGUAAGACGGAGCAGGUGCAGGUCGAGAUCAAUGCACAGCCGGAGGAGGCGCCGGAUAGCACGUUGAGUCGCUCGGACCUGCAGAAGUCCUCGGACACGGUCAUUGAGAAUACAUUGACUGCCGGAGCGGGUCAAGCGCCGCUGGUGCAAGACGAAAUCGACGCGGACGAAGAGGCGAACGAGGCAGACUCCUCAGCAGAGCCCACAGAGCCACCCACGGCCAUUGAGAGCAACCAGCACAACGAGGGCAUGUUGGCCAGCGAGACGCAACAGAACAUGUCGGAUGAUGUGUUCGAGGCCGCCGAUCAGGUCACCCCGCUGCCCCAGGCGGCGGAUCACGCUGCCAUCGGUGUCGCCUCGCCGCGUGCUCUGCGUGCGCCCUUCCACAUUUCCAACAUCUUGAAGAGAACAGCGCCGCCGCCCAGUUCGCCCAGAGCCGACAGCUGCACCUCCAUUGAGACGCAGUACACCUCGCAGGCUAGUCUCCCGGUGGGACCUCCAAAUGCCACCAGCACGCCCUUCAGCAGCAGCAUGUCGCUCCCGAUUGCGGGUCCAGUGCCAGCCAAUGGCAAUGGCAAUGGCAAUGCGGGUCCCUUUCCCAGUCUGCCGCGCGAGCCGAGCACCACGCGCGGCUUCUUCGAUAGCAGCGGUGGCACGCUGGCGGACAAGCUGUGGCAUGUCUCGCUCCAGAUACCGCCGGGCGCCAUUCCCGCCGGCGUGCGUCAAGAGAUCUACUUCACGGUCAGCGAUCCCCGCAUGGGACAGGCCGUAGGCGGACCGCCGCUCGACAUGGAAAAUGGUGAAACGAUGCUAUCGCCACUUGUCAUGUGCGGGCCGCAGGGCCUUGAAUUUCUGGUGCCCGUGACGCUCAAUAUACCCCACUGUGCCGGACGGACUGCAUCAUUGGGACUGGCGCUGAAGGCGACGGACAGCGAGAAGAAUCUACAUACCGAAUGGGAUAAUAUUGACUUGCCCAGCAAUGCGGCUGCCCACACAGUGUCCGUCAAGGUGGACCACUUCUAGACAGUUAGUUAUAGCACAUUACGUAUCCUCAUCAACAGGUCCACAUGCAUAUUACACACAAUUACAUGAACCGCUCUAUAAUCAUAUACAAUAUUCUCAAUUGUAAAUAAAACCAUCUGAAUUAUAUUUAAGCCACAAUUCCAAGACAAGCGCGCAACAAAUAAACGAAACUUAGGCAUUGAUUAGAAAAAGAUUAAUUUAAUUGAAAUUCUAUUUGUUAAUUGUGCCUUUGAGUGAUUGAAUGCUUCUGAGCCAAGUGUCGUAUAAAUAAUAUAAGAAAACGAGCUAAAUUUAAUCAAAUAAAAU